CUACAGCAGUGCUUCUUUGGACUCUUUGGAGCUCAGUGCUCUCGUGCGCCACUCUCCUUAGCUGCUGCUUGCAUAUACUCCGCCGUCUUGUUAGGGAAAAACCAAGUGAAAAGCGGAAGGAGCAGAGAGAGAGAGAGAGAGAGAGAGAGAGAGAGAGAGCAACUCGUUGCUUGGCGACCGCGGCCAGUUCGAUCCCCGGCAGCAGCCACCCGCGAUCUCUCGUUUCGCGCGCGCGCGCGCGCGCGUGUGUGUGUGUGUGUGUGCGUGCGUGCGCGGAGAGAACCCUGCUCCUGUGUGCAGUAGCCUGCCGUGCGCAGGAUCAAGGAGUAGCAGUCGCGGCAGUGCACCGAUCCUGUGCAUGCAAGCAUUGGGAACCGAGUAGUCGUCCCUUCUUCCGCCAUUUCCGGGAGUCGCAGCCAGAAAGUCGCUGCCAGUCCACGCAGACAUGUAGUGACAACACCGCCCGUCGCCGUCUGAGUGCAUGCUGUUUGUGCUGCGAGUGUGCAGCAUGCAGCCAGCGCUCUACGCAGAGCCGCUGCUCCACCAAGACGCUGUUGCAGCAACUUUCGAUCCGCGUCGUCGACGUCGUCGCUGACAUCAGUCUGCUGCAGGAAUCGAUCAUCCGAGAAUCUCCUCUCGCCUCGCUCUUCUUCCACUUGUUCGUUCUAACAGUAAUCGCAGCAUCGCGCAGCUCGGCAUCGCCAUGUUUCAGUGCAUAAUCCAACAGAGGAACGGAUGGAUCCAUCCGGCGAGCGCCGACACCAAGGACGUCUUCCCAGACAUAAGGCUACAGCUGAACGAGCAGCUGCGAUGCCUGGACGUGCGCAUGGAGGCGCAGGUCGCACUGGUCGCCGAGCUUCAGGACUUCUUCCGGCGGCGAGCCGAGCUCGAGCUCGACUACAGCAAGUCGCUCGACAAGAUGGCUAAGAGCAUCCAGAUGAGGCACAAGGAGCAGCGGCAAAAGUAUAUACAUAACCAAUCGAGGGAGCAGUGGCCGCUCUUCUCGUCGUACGCCUGCUGGCAGCAGCUCGUCAACGAGACCAAGUCCCUCAGCCGCGACCACGCCGCCCUCUCCGAGGUCUACAGCACCCACCUCGUCGCCCGCCUCAACCAGGUCAUGGAGGACGUCCAGCGCAUCUACAGGCGCUGUCGCGAGAUCGGCUACGAGACGCACGAGGAGAUUUUGCGGGUGCUGCACGAGCUCCACACGACCAUGAAGACCUACCAGGCGUAUCAGGCCGAGUCGCGGCAAGCCGAGACCAAGCUCCGCGUGGCCGAGCAGCAGCGCACCAAGCUCGAGGUGGCCAAUGCCCCGCCGGAGAAGCUGGCCCGCAGCAAAAAGUACAAGCUCAUCGAGAAGGAGGUCAACAAGAGGAAGAGCAAAUACACCGAAGCCAAGCUGAAGGCGCUCAAGGCCAGAAACGAGUACAUCCUCUGCCUCGAAGCUUCCAACACGACGAUACACAAAUACUUCGUCGACGACCUGUCCGAUCUCAUUGACUGCAUGGAUUUUGGCUUUCACAACUGUAUCGCUCGGGCGCUGCUGAUGCACUGCAGCGCGGAGGAGGGGAGGCAGCGCUCGCUCCAAUCGGGGGCAGAACAGCUGGCCGCCUGCGUCGGCUCGUUGGACUCGCGGGCCGAUAAGCAAAGGUUCCUCGAGUCGCAUCACGCGGCCUUCAUGAUCCCGAAGAAAUUCGAAUUCCAGGGUCAGAGGGGAGACGACGCUCCAGAACCGGAGCUGCAAAAGGUGCUGCACAGCGAGAUGGAGCAGAGGCUCCAGCAGCUCCAGCAGAGAGUCACCUCGCUGAGAACCGAGUCCGAGGAGGUCUGGAAGACCCUCGAGACAGCCGAAGCGAGCCUCCUCGAGAUGCUCACGGCCAAGGAUUACGACUGCUCGAGGUAUUUCGGAGAGAACGCGAUGCCCACGUCCAAGCCGCCCGAGACUGUGCAGAUCAAGCUCAGGGCCGACAGACAGGAGACUGAAGAAUUCUACCUCACGAAAUUUCGGGAAUACCUUCUGGGUACAUCCAGGAUAGCGCGAUUGGACGCCAAGCAAGAGUACAUUCGUCAGAGCUUGUUGGUUGGCUCCAACUCCAGUCCGAAUCCCUCGAUUACGACGACGAAGCAGAAGCAGGCACGCCGGAAACGAAUCGGCCGGCUGCAAAUGAACGGCCAACCCAAGCUGUUUGGCGGCUCGCUCGAGGAGUACUUGGAGAGCACGAAUCAGGAAAUUCCGCUAAUCAUGAAGAGUUGCAUAAGGGUGAUCAAUCUCUACGGCCUGCAUCACCAGGGCAUAUUCAGAGUGUCGGGCUCGCAGGUCGAAAUCAAUAACUUUAGAGAGUGGUUUGAGAGGGGCGAGGAUCCCCUGGCCGACAUGACCGACGCUUCCGACAUAAAUAGCGUGGCCGGCGUUUUAAAGUUGUAUCUCAGAGAGCUGAGGGAGCCCAUCUUCCCCAUCAUUUACUUUGAACAGCUCAUGGAACUUGCCCAACUCGACUCGAAGCAGGAAUUCGUCACCCGGAUGAAACAGGUUGUCUCCAGUCUUCCAAGGCCGGUAGUUGUAGUCAUGCGAUACCUCUUCGCUUUUCUCAAUCACCUUUCCGAAUUCUCCGAUGAAAACAUGAUGGACCCGUACAAUUUAGCCAUUUGUUUUGGACCAACGUUAGUUCCCGUUCCCGAGGACAAGGACCAAGUUCAAUAUCAAAACCAAGUCAACGAAUUAAUUAAAAACAUAAUCACCCUUUGUGAGGACAUUUUCCCCGACGAUAUUGGAGGCAUCCAAUAUGAAAAAUACAUCAGCAGAGAACCUGAUGACGUAGAUGUUGGCGAUUCGCCAACGGAUCAGGUGCAAGAAGACAUGGAUUCCGAAGUCUAUCCAUCCGAAGACGAAUCUGAAAACUUGGAAGCUACGGCGCAGUUUGAUUUUAACGCUCGAUCCGAAAGAGAGCUUAGUUUUAAGAAAGGCGACACGCUGACGUUAUACACGCAAGUGAGCAACGAUUGGUGGCGAGGUGCUGUCGCGGGUAGAGAGGGUCUCAUCCCCGACAAGUACAUAAUGCUCAAAAUAAAAGAUGAGGAGCGCGACAAAGACUUGAAAUCAUCGUCAAGCGAAGAAUCGAUGAGGAGGCGGGCAUCGAGCUCAGCCGAUAGCAUUUUAUCGAGUAACAAUUCACCUCUGAUGGGGGGACCUGCUUCAAGCAGUAACUGCACGAGCAUUUGGCCAGCAGUCGUCGCUUGUGAAGCGGCGAUGACUGCGAAUAUGAUGUCGUCGGAAAGCUCGAACGCAAGUUCUAUCAUACCCUGCGUUGCGUCGUCAUCGUCGUCAUCGCAGCAGCAGCAGCAGCAGCAGCAGCAGCAGCAGCAGCAGCAGCAGCAGCAGCAGCAGCCCAUCAUUAGCCGUGAGGAUGGACAGUCGACGCUGCCGACGAGUACGACGACGAGCAGUAGUAGUAAUAGUAGAGCAAAAGAGAUCCAGCAGAGUUCCGAAGCAGCCGCAGUAGCCGAUGGCCCUGGCUGCCAGCUGGACUUGUGCAAACCGCCGGCGGAGAAUAACGAAGAAAUCGGCGACGACGAAUCCGGCGAGAAGCUUGCGGCCAUCGUCCAAGUCGAUUCGAAACGGGGUGCAGCGAGAAAGCAGCAUUGGAAGUCCCAGAGCCUCGGAGAGACCACUGUCGCCGGAGCGACGACGGUGGCCCAGCUCCAGUCCAACCCGAGCGGCACCGGCCAGGAGGAGGAGUUGCAGGAGCACACGACCUUCUCCGCAAAUCGCGAGCUCUGGCAGAGGCGGGCCGCGUCGCAGUCCCAGCUGCUGAACCCGCCAACCAUCAGCCCGGCGCCAAAGAACUUUCGCGCCUCCCAGGAGUUCCGCGAGAUGCGCCAGAAGCACACUCCCGACCUCGUGAUGGACCUGCCCCUCUCGGUCCAGCAGCAGGAUCCUGCGAAAAAGUCCGCCUCGACGAGCAGCCUCAGCAGCAGCAGCAGCAGCAGCAGCAGCAGCUCCGAUGAGGAGAGCCCGGGUCUGCGAACUCGUUCGAGCGAAUCGGCUCUGUCCCUGCAUCAUCAUCAUCAUCAUCCUCAUCAUCACUGCGCCGCCGGUCCGGAGUCUCCGGACAUGAGCACCGCGGCCGAGCGCUUUGCCAAGCAGAACCAGUGCACGCUGAAAAAGAACACUAAGAGCGCGACCGAGAACGCGGCCUGCAACAAGCAGCACGAGCCCGAGAGCGAGAACGAUGGCGCGGAGAUCGUGCGCUCGGCAAGCUCGCAUCAGAUGUCCCACGAGAACCUCGUGCGAUCGCCCAUACCCUCGAGGUCGACGCCCAAAAUCGUUGCCAAGUUCGCGGACAUGCACCUGACCGGUGGCAGUCAGCAGCUGCAGGUCUCCUCGUCGUCGUCCUCCUCCUCCUCCUCCUCCUCCUCCUCCUCACCCUCACCCUCGGCUUCGUCAUCCUCCUCGUCGUUCAAACCGCAGGUCAAGGCCAAGCCGGCGAUCCUGCGCAAGCCCGUCCAGCUGCCAUAUCCGCAUCCCCAGCACAUGAGUCCCGAGUUGGCCCGGAAGAUUGAGAAGCAGGCGGCUCAGAGCGCGGAGCAAGCCAACUAAGCCUCCAAUUUACGUCCCAUCGAGUGUGGAAAUAUUUUUUCUUCUUAAAUUAUUUUUUUACGCGUCAAGCGAGAACAGCAGUUAGAUAAUAUGUAUAGGCUGCUUUAUGCCCAGAGGAAUUUUAUAAAUAAUAUUAAUAAUUUGUCGACAUAUACAUCACAUUGCAAUAUACAUGUUCAAUGUUCCUUUGGUGGAGUUAUAGUAGAAGACUGUAGUAUGCUAAUACCGUGCAUUCAAACUUGCAUGUAAUCAUGUCAUGUUUCGUGGUUAUUUCUCAUCGACUGAAUUUUUGGUAAUCCCCCCAAUAAGCGACGUUCGAUACGUAACGUGUGUGUUUGUAUGAGUGCGUGUGUGCGUGUGUGUUUAUAUAUAUAUAUAUAUAUAUAUAUAUAUAGAUAUGUGUGUGUGUAAAAACACACACGCACAUAUAUUUAAUGGAACAAAUGUACAAUAACGCGACCACAAGUACCGCGGACAUUAUAGAUUGUAACCGAUGAGCUUCGUUAUACUAGAAUACGACAAAGAGCAUUGUAGCUACUCGAGUAUACUCAUGCCUUUUUUAUCAGCAUAUACAUAUUCUUUGAAAAAAUAUAUUCUUCGAAUUCACGAUCAAAGAAACUAUCAAUAAUGCGAUAGCUUUAUUAUUAUAAUACUCCUAGUUUAUAUGUAUAACCGAAAUUGCGAUUACUCAUAAAAUAAUGCAGAUACGCGUGUCGUAAUAAUGCCAAAGUUAAGACGAGCUGACUCCUUUUGUAACAUAUUUUUUAACUAUAAUUCAACCUUUAUUCGGUUUUUUUUUUUAUUAAAAUAUUAUACCUGUAUAGUAAUUUUCUACCUACGAAUUAUAAUGUUAAGAUUACUUUUUAAAUUAUAUAAUUACUAUAGUUGUAAAUUUAAAAUAAUGAAUUAGUUUAGUUAUAAUUUUUAUGAAAAUAAUAAUGACAAAUUAAAACUCCUCCAGCUCCUUGGACAUAAGUGAUGAAAAUCCACAAACGUCAGGCUGUAUAACUAUAAUUACAAUAAAUAAUCAAAUGUAAUGUCUA